AUGGCAAAGACAUCCCCUGAACCGACGGCAGAAGCCGAUUUAAUUGAACAAGAUGGCGACGCAAUUUACAAAGCCAAGGCUGAGGUGCUCAACCGCGCUAUUCAGGAUAUCGGCAUGGGCCGGUACCAAUGGCAGCUCUUUGUUGUGAUCGGGUUUGGUUGGGCGAGCGAUAAUCUCUGGCCUAUCAUUACAUCGUUGAUUCUCCCAGCCAUUACAUCUGAGUUUCAUCCUUCAAAAGCUCCUGUCUUGACCCUGGCGCAAAAUAUCGGGUUGUUGAUCGGUGCGGUGUUCUGGGGUUUCGGAUGCGAUAUCUUCGGUCGGCGAUGGGCAUUCAAUUUGACCAUUGGCAUCACGGCAGUGUUUGGCCUUAUCGCUGCAGGAUCUCCCAAUUUCGGCGCUAUCUGCGCGUUCGCCGGAUUGUGGUCUGUCGGCGUGGGCGGGAAUCUGCCCGUUGACUCGGCCAUUUUCUUGGAAUUCCUGCCUGGGUCGCACCAGUACCUUUUGACAAUUUUGUCCAUCGAUUGGGCUUUUGCGCAAGUUCUUGCCAACUUGAUUGGAUGGCCACUACUCGGGUAUCGGACUUGUGCUUCUAAAGAUGGGUGCACGAGAGCCGAAAACAUGGGAUGGCGAUACUUCAUGAUCGCGAUGGGCGGACUCGCCAUGCUAAUGUUUGUCGGCCGAUUUGUUUUUUUCACGAUUUACGAAUCGCCCAAGUAUUUGAUGGGGAAAGGUCGGAACGAGGAGGCUGUGAAAGUUGUCCACGAGGUUGCGCGCAGAAAUGGGAAAACCUCAGAUCUGACACAGGCCGAGCUGGACGAGCUGGAUCAGGGGUCAACGCAACACUUCAGCACAUCCAACAUCGUCCGCCAGAGACUUGAGAAAAUUCGGCUGGAUCACAUCCGCGCACUAUUCGAUACUCCCAAGCGGGCGUGGUCGACAACCCUAAUCAUCCUCAUAUGGGCCUUCAUCGGACUUGGCUUCCCGCUCUACAACGCCUUCCUCCCAUUCAUCCAGCAAUCGCGUGGUGCGGAGUUCGGCGAUGGCUCAACAUACAUCACUUAUCGCAACUCCCUGAUUAUCGCCGUGAUGGGAAUCCCAGGUUGCCUCCUGGGUGGAGUACUAGUCGAGCUUCCGCGUUUCGGUCGUAAAGGAGCGUUGUCCACGUCAACAGUUAUAACCGGUGCCUUCCUUCUUGCUUCGACGACAGCGACGAGCUCUAACGCUUUGCUUGGUUGGAACUGCGCCUUCAACUUCAUGAGCAGUCUCAUGUAUGCCGUGCUCUACGCGUACACACCUGAGAUCUUCCUGACAAAAGAUCGUGGCACAGGAAAUGCACUGACCGCGUCUGCGAAUCGAGUAUUUGGUAUCAUGGCGCCUAUUAUUGCCAUGUUUGCCGAUCUUAAUACCGCCGCGCCAGUCUAUGUGAGCGGUGCAUUGUUCGUCGCGGCCGGACUUCUUGUGCUCCUCAUGCCGUUUGAAUCUCGAGGCAAAGCGAGUCUUUAA